GCUGCGGCUGAAAUGCUCUUCCCGCUUUCUACUCAGAGAAGCUUCUAACCUGUGAUUCGUCUGACGUUUGCACACCGACCGCUCUUAAUCCCUUAAUCAAGUACACUGCAAGUUGCUACGGAAGAAGGAGGUUAUUGCUUUUACUUGAUCACUUGGUCGUCAUCAUUCUUGCAUCUCCAUAAAGAAUUUUUGCUGACACUAGCUUUGACCAGAUUCGGGAGCCAGGCUCAUCCCGGUUAAGGGACUCAUUCUCUGGGUCUUUCAUUCUCUCUCAUUUGUGUUGGUUGGUGCAGACAUGGAACAUGGUCCCUCUAAUACAAACUGUUUUAGAAGAAUCACUGAUUGCUUCUUAAGCGCAAACUUAACAGAUGAAAAAGUAAAAUCGUAUCUCUUCCUUCACCCACAAGUACUUGAUGAAUUUGUAACAGAAAAUGUUAGCUCUGAAAGGGUAGAAAAAUGGAUAAAAAUGAAAAAUCUACAAGAAGAUUUGACCCAUGCAGAAGUCAGCAGGUAUCAGGAUACAAAUAUGCAAGGUGUGGUAUAUGAACUAAACAGUUACAUGGAGCAACGGCUAGAAUCUGGUGGAGAUGAUAAAUUACUUCUGUAUGAGUUAAGCAACGUCAUUAAAACAGCUACAAAAGCUGAUGGAUUUGCACUAUAUUUCCUAGGAGAAUGCAAUAAUAGUCUAUGUUUGUUCACGCCAACUGGAACAAAGGAUGGACGCUCACAAUUAAUUCCUGCUGGACCAGUGGAAUAUGGAACUACCAUAUCUGCACAUGUAGCCAAAACCAGAAAUACUCUGUUAGUAGAAGAUAUUUUGGGGGAUGAGAGGUUUCCCAAAGGUACUGGACUGGACUCAGGGACUCGCAUCCAGUCUGUUCUUUGUUUACCCAUUGUUACAGCAAUUGGAGAUCUGAUUGCUAUACUGGAACUUCAUCGACACUGGGGAAAGGAAGCCUUCCGCCUUGGUCACCUGCAGGUGGCAACAGCUAAUCUUGCCUGGGCAUCAGUAGCAAUACAUCAAGUACAAGUGUGUAGAGGACUGGCCAAACAGACUGAGCUAAAUGACUUCCUGCUUGAUGUGUCAAAAACAUACUUUGACAAUAUAGUUGCAAUUGAUUCUUUACUUGAACAUAUCAUGAUAUAUGCAAAGAACCUGGUGAAUGCAGAUAGAUGUGCACUCUUCCAGGUUGAUCAUAAAAACAAGGAACUUUACUCUGAUCUCUUUGACAUUGGUGAGGAAAUGGAAGGAAAACCCAUUUUCAAGAAGACCAAAGAAAUAAGAUUUUCCAUUGAAAAGGGUAUUGCUGGUCAGGUUGCAAGAACAGGUGAAGUUCUCAACAUACCUGAUGCCUAUGCAGAUCCACGCUUUAAUAGGGAAGUAGACCUUUAUACUGGUUAUACAACGAGGAACAUUUUGUGCAUGCCCAUUGUAAUCCGAGGGAGCAUCAUAGGCGUUGUACAAAUGAUUAAUAAACUAAGUGGAAGUGCCUUUUCAAAAACUGAUGAGAAUAACUUCAAAAUGUUUGCAGUUUUCUGUGCUUUGGCCUUACACUGUGCAAAUAUGUACCACAGAAUACGUCAUUCGGAGUGCAUUUACCGUGUUACAAUGGAGAAAUUGUCAUAUCACAGCAUCUGCACCUCAGAAGAGUGUCAGAACCUAAUAAACUGUACCCUUCCAACACAUCUUUGUAAAGAGAUUGAAGUAUACUAUUUUGACAUACAGCCCUUUGAGGACCUAUGGCCAGCGAUUUAUGUUUAUAUGAUUCAUCAGUCUUGUGGUAAAAACUGCUUUCAACUUGAGAAAUUGUGCCGUUUCACCAUGUCUGUGAAAAGAAACUAUCGCCGUGUGCCUUAUCACAACUGGAAGCAUGCAAUUAGUGUAUCACACUGUAUGUAUGUGAUAUUGCAAAAUAACCAAGAUCUGUUCACCGAUUUGGAGAAGAAAGGACUUUUGAUUGCCUGUUUAUGUCAUGAUUUGGAUCAUCGCGGGUAUACUAACAGCUAUUUACAAAAAUUUGAUCACCCAUUAGCAGCUUUAUAUUCCACAUCUACAAUGGAACAACACCACUUCUCUCAGACUGUAUCUAUCUUGCAGCUGGAAGGACACAAUGUUUUCUCCGAUCUCAACUCCAGUGACUACGAGAAUGUGUUAGAAAUAAUACGCAAAGCAAUCAUUGCCACAGACCUUGCACUGUAUUUUGGUAACCGCAAGCACCUGGAAGAGCUUCAUCAAACAGGAACAUUAAACUUUAAUAAUCAAGCUCACAGAGAUCGCGUAAUUGGCCUUAUGAUGACAGCAUGUGAUCUUUGCUCUGUGACAAAGUUAUGGCCUGUAACCAGGUUGAUAACUGAUGAUAUAUAUGCUGAAUUCUGGGCAGAGGGUGAUGAAAUGAAAAGGAUUGGGAUAUCUCCCAUCCCAAUGAUGGACAGAGAUAAAAAGGAUGAAAUUCCCCAAGGCCAGAUGGGAUUCUACAAUGCAGUAGCCAUUCCAUGUUACACAACUCUUGCACAGAUUUUUCCAUCCACACAACCACUUCUUCAGGGAUGCAGGGAAAAUCUGAAUCAGUGGGAGAAAGUAUCCAAGGGAGAAGACACUACAGUUUGGAUUCCACCUCUAUUGCUGGCAACAGAUUUAUCUGAUUCUCUUCCUGUCAAGAUAUCUGAUUAAAUAGUAUUCGCCCUAAAACACUGAAUACUGAAAACUAUACUGAAUACCGAACCGGAGAACAGACCCCAAUUUAUCUUUAUUUCCACUGGUCUUUUAUUUUGUAGCAUUCUGGACCUUGUUUCAGGAAAUAAGUGAAAUGUAUAACCUUAUUAUAUUUAUUACAUGUUACAUGUAUAAUCACUUUGCAUGAUACUUAAGUCUCUUUUUUAAAAUUAGAGAACAGUUUUUGUUCUUUAACAUGUACCUCAAACUAUUUAACUCAUUGAGUGCAUUACGCAUUCCCAAAUGCACAAAAAGAUAUACAUUUAUAUUGAUGUGGUCUUUAUCCUGAUAGGUGCAUCUAUCAUAGUUAUAAAAGCACCAUGACAAUGGUAAAUUCAUUUUUGGGUUUAUAUUAAACUACUCAAUAGAUGAUAUCAUAAACCUAUUAUUAAGUAAAAUAAUUUUACCUAUUCUGGUGUGGAAGGGGUGGUAUUUUUUCAGUUUUAAUAUAACCUGUUUACAAUUGUGUUGGUAUAUAUUAUACUUUCAAUUUUAAAAAUACUAGCAUUACUGAACCUAGCUGCAAGGACACACAUAUAGUUCAGAUGUUGCUGAAGGCACAUACUCUAUAAAGUGCAACCGUG